AUGGCACCCCAUGCCGAACAGGAUGAGUCCACCCGCGGCAUCACUCGCCUUCCACCACCAGAACGCCCAGCCUUUUCUACCUCGCCUCCACGUCUACUAAUCAUAGGCGCUGGGAACCGUGGCAAAGCCUAUGCCGAGGCUGUUAAGAACUCGAGUAAUGGCGUCAUCGUCGGCGUCGUAGAACCUAUCGCACUAAAGAGACGGCAUCUCGGUCGCAAAUACAUCUGGGGUGCACGGGAGCCUAUUCCCGGGGAAGAGUUCAGCGACUGGCCAGAGUUCGUUCAAUGGGAGCUUAGCCGACGGCAAGCAGUCGUUUCUGGGACCACAGAUGUCCCUGAGGGUGUUGAUGCAGUCUUCAUUUGCGUCCAAGAUGGCAUGCAUAAGGAUGUUGUCCUUGGUCUUGCACCGCUGAAACUACACAUCAUGUGUGAAAAGCCUCUAGCGCCUAAUCUGGAGGAUUGUAUGGCUAUCUAUAAGAGCCUUUCGCCCGAUCCCUCCGGAUCCUCAGAAAAGCUGUUCGCUAUCGGUCAUGUCCUUCGUUACAGUCCUCACAACAUGAUGAUGAGGAAGCUUCUACUUGAGGACAAGGUCAUCGGAGACAUCAUGGCUGUUAAUCACACAGAGCCAGUGGGCUGGUAUCACUUUACACACAGUUACGUCAGAGGAAAUUGGCGCAAUGAAAAGGCGGCAGCUCCAUCACUCCUUGCCAAAUCGUGCCACGACAUAGAUAUCCUCUACUGGAUUUUGGCGGCCCCGCCUCCCGGCUCUAACAAGCCAACCCAUGUCCCCAAAGACAUAAGCUCUUCUGGAUCCCUCCAAUAUUUCAGAAAAGAGAGAAAGCCUGUCGAAGCUGGAAACGCCACCAAUUGCUUGUCAUGUGCCUAUGAGCCAUCGUGCCAGUUUUCGGCGAAGCGAAUUUACACAGGAGCUGAUCUCAAGAGUCAGCAACAAGAGCACUUUUGCACGGUCGUCGCACCGGAAAUUGAAGACUGUAUUCCAAAUGGUGGGCCAGAAGCAGCUAAGAAGACUGUUCUCUCCAAACUUGCUGAAGAUUACUCAGAAGACACCCCAGCAGAUGAGGUUAGCAAGAAAAAUACCUUUGGACGUUGUGUGUACGAAUGUGACAACGAUGUCUGCGACAAUCAAGUUGUAACACUUUCUUGGGACGCCGACCCGAUUGCAGCUCCCGGUGAAACACCUCUGCAAGCUCUUAGUGGCAGAGGUAGCAAGACAGCUACAUUGCAUAUGGUUGCGUUCACAGAAAAGAUCUGUACCCGGUUCACGUACAUCUACGGUGUUCACGGAGAGAUGUACGCCGACAGCUCCUCAAUUACAGUGACAGACUUCAGGACGUGCAAGAAGACGGUUCACUACCCACACAUUCCCGAGGGCGGUGGCCAUGGUGAUGGAGACGAAGGAUUGACGAGGCAAUUCGUGCUGGCUGUUGAUCGGGUAAAGAACCAUGGCGAGAAGGUGUCAACGGCUCAACGAGAGUAUAUCAAGUGCAAUUUAAGGGAUGUUAUUAUGAGUCAUAGUAUGGUAUUCGCUGCUGAGGAGGCAAGGAAGGGAAAGAAAGUUAUAGAUUUUCCUGAGUGGCUUUAUUGCUUACUUGAUCCGAAUUCCCAUGCCAAGCUCAACUUCACCGAGUUCUUCAACGUCAUCGACGGAAAGCUCAAGACAACCAAGGAGACUUCCCAGGGUGUCAAUCACUCUACUCUAGAGAAGAACUCCCCAGUUCCGGUUUCGACUCGAGAAGAUGUCGACAGGGCUGUCCAGGCGGCUAAGAAGGCCUCUGAAGCCUGGGCUGAGGUCCCGUACAAAGAGCGACAGGCCUUAGUGGCCAAAUUUGCGGGUGGCAUUGACUUGAUCAAGGAAGAUCUUGCCGUUUUGUUAAUCAAGGAACAAGGAAAGCCUAUGAGGCAGUUGCAAUUGGCACACGUGGAAAUAGGCAUGGCCAUUCAGUUCCUCCAGGGAUAUUCACAGCUACCUGAUUCUAAAGAGAUGAUCAUGGAUAAGCCGGGUCGUCGAGUCGUCACCAGAUACGUCCCUCUUUGCGUUGCGGUCGGUAUUGUGCCUUGGAACUUCCUAACUUGUCGCAUAGCCGCUGCAAAGAUUAGUCCAGCCCUCAUUGCGGGAAACGCUUUCAUUCUCAAGCCAUCGCCAUUCACUCCCUAUUGUGACUUGAAGCUCGCUGAGCUGGCUCUCAAGUACUUCCCCGCAGGCGUUGUUCAAGCACUUAGCGGCAAUGAUGACCUGGGCCCGUGGCUCACCGCACAUCCUGGCGUUGACAAAAUCAGCUUUACAGGGUCUACAGCAACUGGAAAGAAGGUCUUGCAGAGCACUUUUGGCAAUCUUAAGCGUGUGACACUCGAGUUGGGAGGUAAUGAUCCGGCCAUUGUCUGCAGUGAUGUCAAUGUCAAAGAACUUGCCAUGGCGGCUCUAGCGAACUCUGGUCAACUCUGCAUCGCUAUAGAGCGUAUCUAUGUCCACGAGUCCAUCUACGAUGAUGUAUUGGAAACAUUGGCUUCAACGGUUAAGAGCCUUCCUGUUGGUGAUGGCUUGGAGAGUACCACCGCUAUGGGUCCUGUCCAGAACCACCUGCAGUUCGAUAGGGUGAAGAGCUUACUCGCAAAUAUUCAAUCCCACGGCCUCAAGCUCGCAGCAGGAUCAACCAGUCCGUCAGAUGCGGGGAAAGGGUACUUCAUUACUCCUACGGUUGUCGACAACCCUCCAGAUGCCUCCAGGAUUGUAGUCGAGGAGUCAUUUGGCCCUGUCUUUCCUAUUCUGAAGUGGAAGGACGAGGAUGAGGUCCUUAGACGCGCCAAUGAUAACCCCAUGGGUCUUGGUGCCUCGGUUUGGACCCCAGACUUGGAGAAGGCAGAGAGGCUAGCCGCGAGGCUCAAGGCAGGAACUGUUUGGUUCAACAGCCAUCACGAGCUCAAUCCGAAUGUGGCUUUUGGGGGUAUUAAGGAAAGCGGCCUUGGUGCUGAGCAUGGACUUGAGGGGAUCAAGUCGUAUUGUAGCACAAAGUCUAUAUUUAUUAAUGCGGCUUAA